CUUGCAACCUCAAGAAGCUGAGGCCGCGGCGCCGCCUCCGCCCCGAGGCUCCGGCUUCGAUCCCGGCUCGCCCGGCCCGCGGGACAUGGAGCUCCGAGCAGCGGAUCGUGAGCCUCCGGCACGCCCUGCCUCGUCCACCUGGUGCCCAGCUCACACCCCUUUCCAUCCCAAGUCCUGGGGACAGCAGUCUCCUGACUGCUGAGGGCCGGCGACAGCAUGAAGGCUCGGGGUCGCCUUCUGCUCAUUGUGCUAUGCUCCUUGGCCUUCUCUGCCGUCUACAUCCUCCUGUGCUGCUGGGCCUGCCUGCCCCUCUGCCUGGCGACCUGCCUGGACCGCCAUCUUCCUGUGGGCUCCAACCCCACUGUGCCAGGCCCCCUGCACUUCAGUGGAUACAGCAGUGUGCCGGAUGGAAAGCCGCUCAUCCGUGAACCAUGCCACAGCUGUGCCGUGGUGUCCAGCUCCGGCCAGAUGCUGGGCUCGGGUCUGGGUGCCCAGAUCGACAGUGCUGAAUGUGUACUACGUAUGAACCAGGCGCCCACUGUGGGCUUUGAGGCGGACGUGGGCCAGCGGAGCACUCUGCGUGUCAUCUCGCACACGAGCGUGCCGCUGCUGCUCCGCAACUACUCACACUACUUCCAGCAGGCCCGAGACACGCUCUAUGUGGUGUGGGGCCAGGGCAGGCACAUGGACCGGGUUCUGGGCGGCCGGACCUACCGCACGCUGCUGCAGCUCACCCAGAUGUACCCUGGCCUGCAGGUGUACACCUUUACCGAGCGCAUGAUGGCCUACUGUGACCAGAUCUUCCAGGAUGAGACAGGCAAGAACCGGAGGCAGUCGGGCUCCUUCCUGAGCACUGGCUGGUUUACCAUGAUUCUGGCCCUGGAGCUGUGCGAGGAGAUCGUGGUGUACGGGAUGGUCAGCGACAGCUACUGCAGGGAGAAGAGCCACCCCUCUGUGCCUUACCACUACUUUGAGAAGGGCCGGCUAGACGAGUGCCAGAUGUACCUGGCACAUGAGCGGGCACCCCGUAGUGCCCACCGCUUCAUCACUGAGAAGGCUGUGUUCUCCCGCUGGGCCAAGAAGAGACCCAUUGUGUUCGCCCACCCAUCCUGGAGGGUCAAGUAGCCCCUGUGACCUGCAGCUGGCAUUCCUCCGUGGGCCACCGCACUCUACCAAGAGCAUUUAAUUUAUGACUUUUACCUCCUGCGACAUGCCAGGGCAACCUAGGGUUCCUUCCUGCCCCUCCCUGGGGUUAUUUGGAGCAGUCUCUAGCCUCAUGGCUUGAGAGGGAGUGGAGGAGGUGCCCUUGUCUCCACUCCUGCUCCCUGAAGAAUCCAUAUCUUCAUUUUGGGGUUCAUCCCAACACCAGGUCUUUCAAGUGGCCUUUGCCCUGGGCUGAUGGCCCUGCACUCACCAGCAUCUUGACCUUAGGCCAGUCCUGAUCCUUCUACCUACCCCCACCUCCUUUGGUGCCAUAUUCUCAAUCUGUUGCCCUGCUUCCGGCAGCCUGGGGCCCAGGGUUUGCUGGACAGAGGGCCUUUGUGUCUUUAGACAGGGCCAUCUUAGGAGUGUACGGGUAAACGUAUGUUUUCUGGACACUGUCUAGCGUGGUCAUGGGUCUGGGGCGGGGAUUGAGACUUCUUUCCCUGACACAGUUCUGUAACCUGCUGACUGGAGGGCAGGCCAAGCCCUGUGGCCCUUCCCAGGCCUAAAUUAGCAGGCUAGGCUUUAGCAUUUCAUCUGCCAGUGCCUAUCUGCCCCAUUGCUGGUGGUACCUCCCCAGCCCCUUCCCCACCAGGCCAGGAAAGCGGCUCCAGGUCCAGGCUUCUCUGGGACCUUUGCUCUGUGCUUUUGGGACCCCAGCCUAGGACCUGGAAGGACUGCAGGUGGGAAGGAAAUUCCACCCCUUGUCUGGGUGGGAAGGAAAUUCCACCCUGUGUCCCUUUCCUGGCCAUGGGUCAAAUUCCAAAGACUUAGCCAGUUAAAUUUCUAUUAACUCUGGACUUGGUCCCUUUCCAAGACAGGAAGGUGGAGGGCAGCCCUGGGUGGGUGCUGUGGUGGUGGGGGGGGUGUUGACUGGAGGUGAGUCAGCCCUGAACCAGGCCCCAGGAGGAUGCCUGUCCGUUUGUGAGCAUCUCUUUCCUCACCUGUGCAGUGGAAAAACAGACUCACCACCCCACUGCAUAUGAGGUUGCGGAGCUUCACAGAGGAAGCAGGCAAUGUGGCAGAGUCCAGGUGGUUGCCAGGCAGCAUGGGGUGGCUGAGCUAGGAGGCAAUCAGGCCGAGAGCUGAUUAGCCCUGCCACCCCCCCUUCAUUGGGAGACUAAAGGUAGAGCCUUGGGGUCUAGUACUCAGUCCCAGGGGUCAGUGUGCUUUUGUGUGACCUGUGCAGUCACCUGAGCUCAGCUUAAUCUCUGUUGUCACCAACUUGAAAUUCUUCAUAAUUUUUUUUUUUCUAACAAGAAGCUUCACAUUUUCACUUUGCACUGGACCCUAAAAAUGUGUGACGCCCUGUGCUAAAGGCUCUGAGUGACCUGGUGCCCUCUCACUCUUGCCCUUGGCUUCUCAGGAGAGCCUGGAGACUUGGCACCUGGCCUACAGCACUGCCUCCCCAUCGAGUACCAGGCAGCCCAGAAGGUUUUGAAUGAGUGGGAGGGGGAGAAGAGCCCUGAGCUGGGGGAGCAGGCUGGCAGCCAAACCACAUCCGCUGGCCUGGCAGUGACCAGGGUCUCUGACAGGAAUUUAUUAGAGGUAAGGGUGGGGUGGGGGCUGAGAGAGAGGAACCUGGAGUCAGACAUAGCCUCAUUCUGGCUUCACUUCCUGCUGGGGGACCCUGGGAAAUUAGUGCCUUCCCUGGGCUUCAGUUUCCUCACCUAUUAAGGUAUUAAUAUAGUCCCUACCUCACAGGCUUGUAUGAGUUGAGAUGUUAGACUACCUCUGGGGUUUGUCAAGUUGACACUUCACACAAGGGGACCAGCAUUUUAAAUAGGGUUGGCCUUCAGCUGACCCUGCUCUGCCUUGGUAUAGGUGGACAGCAGGCUGUCCAUCCCAUUAACUGCCUCCCUGCUCAUGACCUCGACCUGAAUGUCCAAGGCCCAGGCUUCUGUGGGUCCUGGUGGCACUCAGCCUCAGAGAGGCUGUGUCCUAUUCCUCCUCUUUGCCCCUAGGAAAUGCUGGCCUGGCCCUUGGACCCAGAGCACAGAGGCUUCUCUGUCUUGGCCCUGCCCUUGGGUGGGGUGUUUAUACUGCGGGCUGGCCCAGUUAUCUUCCUGGCUUGGUAGCCUGCAGGAUAGGUUCAGCAGCCACUUUCUCCAGGCCUCUGGAGAUGCCCCCAUACAGGCCUGCUGGCUGGUUCCAGGACUGCUGAAGACUCUCCUGACAAUGAGACCGAGGAUCCCCCUCUUUGGGCACGGCAUGCCCUGUGGCUGCUGGAAGGUGAGUGGGGGGCAGGAACCAUCCCACAUUUCUGAGGAGUAAGGGUGCACCUCGGUCGUGUAGUCCCUCUUUGGGCCUGUUUUCCUGUCCACACCUUGGUUCUUUUGUCCCUCAUCUUGCUGGGGACCAACCCACCCAUCCAACCUCCACUUGAGGCUGGAGGGAGGGGCCAGGUAAGCCUCACAGUAUGAGGUACCCUGGGGCUUCUUCCUUAGAGGGGCCUAGGGCCAGGCUGGGAGCUUAUGCUCCAACUUCAUCUACCCAGGUGAGGAAAGGGACACUAGGCCUAGGGACAUCUGUGUCCAGCUCCUGGCUGGGAAGACUCAGGUCCUGGUCUUCAGGCACUUCCUGGGAGCAGCUCCUUGUCCAGGCCCUCACCUGCCAGCCACUCCCUCUGGCUUCUCCCUGGCCUUUCUUCUCCAGAGGCUGAAAGGCAAGAAUCCUUAGGCCGGGUUUUCCCUGCUGAGCUCAGUGUAGUUACCCUCUGGGGAGUCUAGGGAAAACCCUGUCCUACCUCUCAGAGCCUUGGUUUUAGUUGCUUUCUUUCUUAUUUUGGUAGGAGUGGGAUUUGAACUCAGGACUUUGCACUUGCAAAGGCAGGCAUUCUACUUCUUGGA